AUGGCUGGGUCAGAGGAGGAGAGUCGGCAGGCGAAGGGAGCUCCUUGCAGCGACUGUCAGUCAUCGAUGCAUACGACAGGAUUCUGCAAGAGGCCUCCACGGCCUUCCAAGGUGACCCUCGUCACCUGCCCAGAUUCGUCCGGAGGCAGGGGAGGCUCAGUUGAGCCAGAGGCUGGUGAGGCUCGCAAGACGAUCCUCCAAGUGAUCGCUGGGAACGACGGCAAGAGGACUCUGCAUGCUGAGCUGAAGGCGGAGAGGAUCUCAGGGGAGACUUUCACCCCCGGGAAGAAUUCAGAGGAAGGAGGAGAGGAGAGGACAAUGAUGCACGAGGAGUGGAGGUUCCGGAGUGAAGAGGAGGAGGAUGUAUUCGUGUCCAUAUACGCAGAAGCAAACUUUGAGGCUGCGGAUGGAAGCACAGCAGAUGCGACCAAGGCAGGGGAGUUGGAAGAAGCCCGCAGACGCCUUACGGAGAUCCAGACUGCGAUAUGGAGCAAGGAUGACAUGUCGAUCCAAGACGAGCAGAUGCUGCGGGAGGCAGAGGGGAGACUGCAGGAGCUGAAACAAGUCUCGGAGCAACACCAAAGUGCGGCAGGCCGUCCGGUGAUCAUCUGGAUGCAUGGGACGGGGGACUGUCGGUCGUCGGUUGCGACAGUCAACUACGUCUGCGACCUCGUGGCUCGAUGCAGGGGGGCGGUCGGGGUCUGUAUCGAUGUGCGGCUUCAUGGAGACAGGCGGGGGGACAAGAAGCUCAAUCCGAAGGAGGACAGCAGCGAAUACCAGCUUGCGAUGGUCACUGCUCUUGACAUGGCGAACAACUCGACGUCUUCCUCUUCGAGACAUCGGAACCCAUUCAUCCUCGACAACGUCUUUGACCUAUUCUCCCUCCUCUUCCCGCUCAUCGGCGUGCAAGACUUUGACCGGGCGGUGCGGGAGUCUUGCUUCCAUGCUCGCGUCGCUACCAUCAGACCCGUCUUCGAGCACGCGCGGGAGAAACUUGGGAAGGAGGAGAUAGACAGCGAGACUGUCAAGUUUGUAUGGAAUUCUAUCACUCCGGGAAUCCUCUCAUCUUAUGCUCUCCGUCCGAGCCUCAAGUCGCUGUAUCCUCGACCUUGUCUGAUCGUCAAUGGUCCGGUUGAGUUUGUGAUUGAAGCUGUCGUCGAGGUCCAGCAGGCCUCUAACUAUCAAUCGCUCCUCCUUGCCGUGGAUGAAGAGGCUGCGCAUGAGAUCUCGGAGGGGAUGUGGGCUCAGACCCUUCAGUUCCUCCAGCAGCAGCUUCUUCCUUCCUCUCUACAGCUCAGACAGAGCAGCGUGCAGGAGGUGCUGAAGGCCGGGGACGGGGAAGAGGUGGAGGCGAGAAGUGCAAGGGAUGUGGUGGAGGGGAAGAAUGUGGAGGCCUUGGAGGAGAAGGUGCAGGCGGGAAAAAUUGAACACAAGGAGGAGGAGAAACAGGAGGAAGAAGUGAAUUCGGAAGGAGCGGAUGAGAUCAGAGUUCUUGAGGAGGAGCAGGAGCAGGAGCAGGAAUCCACAGACGCAAAGGCAAAGCAUGGAAAAGAGAUCCUGCAAGAGGAAAGGCAAGACAAAGGAGAGGCCGAGGAAGAAACGCUUCGUCAUGAGGAGGAGAAGGAUGAGGAACCGGGAAGUGAAGAGGAGGAAACAAGAGAGGAGAAGAUGUUCGCAGAGAAGGAGAAGGAGAUGACUGAACAGAGGGAGGAGGAGGAGAGGGAGGAGGAGAGGAGAGAGGAGGAGAGGAGAGAGGAGGAGGUUGAAGGGAUUGAGGACGAGACGAAGCUGCAAGAGGAUGAAGAAGAGAUUGUUUAUUCUCGCUCAAGGCAAAAUUCGCUUUGCUAG